AUGUCUUCGUACGAAGAGAAUAAUUUAAUUGAUGAAUCACCAUUGAUGUCUUCGGACGAAGAGAAUAAUUUAAUUGAUGAAUCACCAUUGAAUCGAAUUUCGGCACUUUUUGAUUCAGAACAAUGGGUUAUUACUAAAAAUCACAAUGGAAUGGUUAAAGUAGCAACAUGCGAUGAAGAUGAAACACGUAUGUACGAUAAAACAAGAGAUUGGUUAUUAAUAAACUCACAUGAAUCGGAGGAUAGUACAGAAGAGGUGGAAAAUGAAUUAGAAAAAGUUGAUGAUAUUAAAAAGGAUGCAGUUUUUUUAAUAAGAGAUUUAUUAAAAGCCAAAGAAUGCAAUGGUUAUUUUAUACUUAAUAAUAUAAAAUUUAGAAGAGUGUUUUUGUGUGGAGUUGUUAUACAAAAAAAUUAUAAUGAGGAUAAUUAUUUUAUUCAAGUUGAUGAUUCUACAAGCAGUGUUAGAUGUGUGAUAUCUAAAAUCAAUCUUGAAGAUCUCAAUGCACCAUCGUCCGAGUUGGAACCUUUCAGAGAUAGGAUAAUUAAUAAUAAAGACUUAAAUGAUUUCCUAAAAGCUUCAAGUAUAAUGUUAUCAUCAAUAAAUUAUAUGCAAAAAGCUACACCUUCCUGGGACGAGAUAGAAUUAGGAGAUGUGGUGAAAAUACUUGGACGCUUUAGCGAGUAUAAUGGAGGACGAUAUGUUUUUAUUAAUAAAAUACAUAAACCAGCAACACAAACCUUUGCUUUGGAUUUACACUUAAGACAUAUAAUUAAUUUAUACACGGAAACUUAUGAUAAUUGUGUUCAUAAGGAAAUUGUCGAAGAAAGUGAAAAUUGUGAUACUGCUGUUGAUGGUAAUAAUUUUCAAAAGCAAAUUGUUGAAAAAGAUGAAAACUGCGAUAUUGGACUUAAUGAUGACAGUUGUUGA